CGAUGUAGCGCGUAGCAGGAGUCAGUGGUCCAGAGUGCUUCAAGAAGACCACUCUUCGGUGUUUGGUGUCGCGUUUCCGCGUAGUGCAGUGUUUGUGAAUUUACACACCACGUGGAUUACAUCGGUUGAGAUUUGAUCUGUAAUGAGCUGACGUUUCGCAAAGUGUGAGAAGAAAUAUUGAGAGAAUGGCCGAGAGGAAAGAAGAAGCGCAAGAUUGCUUAGAAAACACCCUUAACUUAAAUCGACACGAAGAAAUCGAAUUACAAACAUUAACCGGUGUUCCAAAUUCAGCGAAUAAGUUACAGUCGCAGAAAUAUGCGAAUGUACCUGAACGAGGGACGUGGGCUACAAAACUAGACUUUAUUUUAUCGGUAGUUGGGUUGGCUAUAGGUUUAGGGAAUGUUUGGCGGUUUCCUUACUUGUGUUACAAAAAUGGUGGUGGUGCCUUCCUUGUACCUUACUUUAUCACACUUAUCCUUGCUGGUAUCCCAAUGUUCUUCAUGGAGCUGGCACUUGGCCAAAUGAUGACGAUUGGAGGGUUGGGCGUUUUCAAAAUCGCACCAAUUUUCAAAGGAAUCGGUUAUGCCGCCGCGGUUAUGUCCUGCUGGAUGAACAUCUACUACAUUGUCAUCUUAGCCUGGGCAAUUUUCUAUUUCUUCAUGUCAUUACGAUCAGAUGUUCCUUGGCGCACUUGUAAUAAUUAUUGGAACACCAAAUAUUGUGUUAACCCUUACGAUCGUAGUUCACUAACUUGUUGGGAGCAAUACAACCCUAAUAACACUUUUAGCAAAAUUUGUGCUAUUAACCAACACAACAUAUCAGUAACUGAACUAACCGACCCUGUUAAAGAAUUUUGGGAACGAAGGGCUCUUCAAAUUUCCGAAGGGAUUGAACACGUAGGCUCGAUUCGGUGGGAAUUAGCCGGGACUUUACUUUUUGUCUGGAUCAUUUGCUAUUUCUGUAUUUGGAAAGGUGUGAAAUGGACCGGAAAAGUGGUCUACUUCACUGCUCUUUUCCCGUAUGUUCUACUCACCAUUUUACUGAUACGAGGAGUUACUCUGCCUGGCGCCAUGGAAGGCAUCAAAUUCUACGUUAUGCCCAACGUUGCAAAACUGAAGGAAUCCGAAGUCUGGAUCGAUGCAGUCACCCAAAUUUUCUUCUCUUACGGUUUAGGUUUAGGCACGUUGGUUGCUUUAGGCAGUUAUAACAAAUUCACCAACAAUGUAUAUAAGGAUGCUUUAAUUGUGUGUUGUGUUAACUCAAGCACGAGUAUGUUUGCCGGCUUUGUAAUAUUUUCAGUAGUGGGUUUCAUGGCGCACGAACAGCAAAAACCGGUGGCAGAAGUCGCUGCUUCAGGACCUGGAUUGGCCUUCCUGGCGUACCCUUCUGCAGUUUUGCAACUUCCGGGGUCACCACUUUGGGCUUGCUUGUUUUUCUUUAUGAUUCUUCUAAUAGGUUUGGAUUCGCAAUUUUGUACCAUGGAAGGCUUCGUCACUGCCAUCAUCGAUGAGUGGCCACAUGUCUUGCGAAAAAGAAAAGAAGUCUUCAUUGCGAUCGUCUGCGCAUUAUCAUAUGUCGUCGGAUUAUCGUGCAUUUCAGAGGGUGGCAUGUAUGUGUUCCAAAUUUUGGAUUCGUACGCCGUCAGUGGUUUCUGUCUAUUGUUCUUGAUUUUCUUCGAAUGUAUCGCAAUUUCUUGGGCCUUCGGCGUUAACAGAUUCUACGAUGGGAUUAAAGAAAUGAUCGGCUAUUAUCCCAUCAGUUGGUGGAAGUUUUGUUGGACGAUUACUACACCAGUGAUCUGCAUUGGCGUGUUUAUAUUUAAUCUGGUUCAAUGGACACCGGUUAAGUAUUUGAAUUACGAAUUUCCACUAUGGGCUCACUUGUUUGGCUGGUUUACUGCGCUUACUUCCAUGUUGUGCAUUCCUGGAUACAUGGUUUGGAUUUGGAUGGUUACUCCGGGAGAUAGAGAAACGAAAAUUCGGCUUCUUGUAAGAAUAGAAGAUGAUGUCCCUACUGUUCGAGCGAAAAUGCAGUUGGAAUCAUCGACAGUGGCAGUAUAAUUUUUUUACCGAACUUUCAGACGUUUUUUUUUACCGUGUCACAUCUCGUCUUCCACUCAAAUUUUCAUUAGUGUUCAGACAGCUUUGUAAUUAAGCAAUUAGCAUGUUUUUAUCUAAUUGUACUGUUGUAUUUGUAAGUUUGUAUACUUCAUACAAUAAGUAUGAAUUUUAUCAAGAGUACCACGUACAAAAUUCUUAUACAAUAAUUUUAGUUACGUCACUCAUGAUGUUUAAAUGUUAAAAAUGUUAAAAUAAAUUGGGAUUAAGUCCUCUAUUAUACAAUUAGCUUCAUAUUGUCAUUGUUUAAUUUAUUAACUUUUUAGUGAUAAGAGUAGACUCUAAGAAAUAUAGUGUUUAAUGCAUAUUUAACUUGAUUAAUAAUGUACAAUAAUAAUUGUUGUAAAGAUAUAUGUCGCUUCUUCAAAAUACAACAAG